UCACCCUGAUUCAUAAAAGUAAAGGAAGACCACUCGACGGCAAUUUAAAUUGAAUUUUGAAUUUUGCUGUUGCACUCGAUUGUAAAUACUCGUUGAUAAGGCCGCCAAAUGAAAGUGCACAUAGCUGUGAUAUCGCGACGCGCAUCUCACCGCAGUGACUAACCGCCUCGCGACCGUUUCGUUCGCCCGCGACGCCCUUUGAGUUCAACGCAUUCACAUUUCCCAGUGUGCAGAUUUUCUUUUUGUUUUGUCCGCAGUCACCGCGCACUGCAUUCAAAACAGCGCCCAACACACAAUACGCGAACCACAGCGGCACAGCAUACACAAUACACACCCAGCAUGGACACGAGUGGCGGAAAUUUGGAUUCCCUAGACGACACGGAACCAUUGCCGGAGCUGAGUUUUGAAGACUUUUUGGAGCCAACGUCGGAGAAGAGUUCCCAGCACAUGGAAAUCGAAGCUCUGGACUCAGAGGAAGACAAUAUCGGCGGUGAAGAUCUGGCCGAUCCGGCCAACGAUUCCCUGAACACGCCGCAGUUUAAGAAGAACGUGGUCCACAUACUGGAGGACAAGAGGUUAAACUCGUCCGGACUAACCGUUUUGAAGUCGCACGCCAUUAAGAUGGUGACUGCCGGAGGUACUCCUCCGGCCAAGGCGCAAGUUACAGACGUAAAGAUACUAAACAAAUUGAAACCAAUACCCAGCAGUACGCUAAAGAUCGGUAGCACGACCAUAGCGACCAAAUCCACACCGGGCAGCAUAACCAAGACUUUGGGCAACUUGACCCAGAUUAGGACGAAAGAUGGCCAAGUCAUCUUUGUCCAGAAGUCUGUUCCUGGAACACAAAGCAGCACUGCGGUGACAGGGUCACCAAGCGGUGGAAUAAGACGCCUCGUGGCGCCUUCUGGUAUCCAGAAGGCAGUGCUUUCUAAGGGCGUGACCAUGGCAAGCACGGGUCUGGUCAAGGCGGCUGUUCCUGCCAAAGCAAGCACCUCGGUACCCGGCUCAGCCAUAACCUUAAAGGGCAUCCAACCGCUGGCCGGAGGCACUGCGAAGGCGUCGACUUCCAGCACGACGGCAACCACAUCCCCAUCUUUGGCACAGCCCAACAAAAUUCAGGUGGUGCGCACUGCCGAUGGCAAAAUUAUCAAGAUCAAUCAGGCUGGUCCCUCACUGCUGGUGAACGCCAAACAGGGAACUGGGACCACAGUCACACCAGGAGGUUCUGCCGCCACUUCUGUCAAACUAUCUCCCUCCACGGGAAAUGUGGUGCUCAACAAGCCCGUUGGCCAGGUAGUGGUGAGAACAGAAACUCCUGUAAAAACGGCGACGGGCUCCGUUGCCAGUGCAUCCGCAACACCGGGCAAGAUGUUGGUUCAAAGUGGCGGCAAACAGAUUCUUGUAUCCAACAAGAACAUCAUUAAGCUGUCGCCGAAUGCGAGUGCCACCAGUUCGACAACCCACACGACGGGCGGACAGACACCUUCCACCUCGAGCGGAUUGCACGCUAUUCAGCUGCCUGGCAAGGGAGGAAUACAAUAUGUACGUGUCCUGAACAACAAUAAGAGUGCCGCCGGAACAAGUGCAACAGCCUCAAUCCCGAAAACAGUGCAAACUCAGAAGAUCACUGUGGUGCGGCCACCGGCUGCUACUGGUGUUCCUGCCACAUCUACUACAACAUCCGCAGCAGCAGCUUCACCUGCAGCCGCAUCGAAGGCAAACCUUGCCAUGGGCAACACUAACAAGAUUGUAAUGCGAUCAAUGGGUGGCAGCAUUGUGCCGCUGCCUUCCGUGCAGACGUUGGUCUCAAAGCGUGCGCUGGGCGCCAUCUCCAACGCUUCAAAACCAGCCAGUGCGGCGAGCAGCAGCGCCACGCCGAGUGCCAGCCAGGAGUUGCCACGCAAACACCGUCUUACUGAUCUCAAUGUGCAGCUAAAGCAAUCGGCCUCGGUCAGCAGUGAAGCUAGCGACAGCAGCGAUGCGGGUCCUGAGGCCAAAAAGCCGCGUUACGUUAUUACCAUGCAGCAAGGAUCACAGAAGGCAGCUUCCCAGCCAGUUCAGAAACUAAUUAAUCGGACAGCGAAUGUACAGCGUGUGGUGUCUAGCAGUACAAGUCCCAGUUCCAACUCCACAAAGAAAAUCUACAACUAUGUUCAACCGACUGGAAGCAAUGGGGCCAAGUACAUGAUCUGUAACUCGGGUGUGCCCCAAUCAUCGACGAGUGCCAUGCGACGGGGAUACACUGGAUAUGUGGAAAACAAGACGCGACGCCCGCCACCCAUUUCCCCGCAACAGCACCGCUUUAAGCAGAUGGGUCCCCAGCAGCAGUCCAAGCACCAGCAACUUCAAGCGCAGGCCAAGCAACGGAUUAGACAGCAGCAACUGCCUACCGAACAAUCGACGCCGAUCAAGGUCGAGCCAAAGUUGCCGACACUGCCUCCGGGGGUGAAGGCCAAUGUACCUGCCAAGCCGCUCUUUGAAGUCCUAAAACCUCCAGCAACCGCGGCAGCAGCCGGAGCCGUCGAUCCAUUGGGCGGCAUGACUUCGCGGCGAAAGCACUGCAACUGCAGCAAGUCGCAGUGUCUAAAGCUUUACUGCGAUUGCUUUGCAAACGGCGAGUUUUGUCAGGACUGCACCUGCAAGGAUUGCUUUAACAAUCUGGACUACGAAGUGGAGCGGGAGCGUGCUAUUCGCAGCUGCCUCGAUCGUAACCCCAGCGCCUUUAAACCCAAAAUUACGGCACCCAAUUCAGGUGAUAUGCGUCUGCAUAACAAAGGUUGCAACUGCAAAAGAUCGGGCUGCCUCAAGAACUAUUGUGAGUGCUAUGAGGCAAAGAUUCCCUGCUCCAGCAUAUGUAAAUGCGUUGGGUGUCGAAACAUGGAAGACCGUCCGGACGUGGACAUGGACUCUCUGGACGGAUUGAUGGGUGUCGAGGGUCAGAAAAAGGACAAAGCUAAAAACAAGCAAUUGAACGAGAAUCGCGCAAAUAUAUAUUUUACGGACGAUGUCAUUGAGGCGACCAUCAUGUGCAUGAUAUCGCGGAUUGUGAUGCACGAGAAACAGAAUGUGGCCGUGGAGGACAUGGAGCGCGAGGUUAUGGAGGAAAUGGGCGAAAGUCUGACACAGAUCAUCGCUUUUGCCAAGGAAAAGCAAGAAACCUCUCAGAUAGACGAGUCCAAGCCUUCUUCUUAGGCAUGCAAAUAUAGUCACACAUUAAUUAGUUUAUAAGUUCAAAGAGUUCUUGACCUUUUCUCAAUCAUAUUCUAAUUUUGGCUUUCUAAAAGUUGACCUUAAAGUAAAGUGUUUACCCUAUUUAAAUAAUUUAAACACAAAAUGUAUAUAUCAUACAUAGCAAAUUUCAGAUAUAAGGCUAUUUUAAUUUUUGGCCGAGCAUUGUAAUUGUGUUGUAAACUUUUCCCUUGGAUUGAAUGUAAAUAAUUUAGAUACCUAAUAAAGUUUAAUGACCAUUGAACAC